AAAGAAAAGAAUUUAAUAUAGUAGGAGAGAGAAAGAAGAGAGAGAAAGGGAGGAGGAGGAGGAGGAGAAGGAAAGGAAACUCGUCUCUUCUGUACUACUUGCUCUGGCUUCUCUCGGUACAGAUUGGAUCGUUGCGCCGAUCCAUCGGAAUUUGGAUUUUCGGACAAGGAAACAGAAAAUAUAAAAUAAAUUUUGGGGAAAUUUUUUUUUGUUUCAAUUGUCUUUUGAAUUUCUUCUCCUUCCGAAGAAAAUCAUCAAUUUUUGAUCAUUCUGAUCUUUACUCUUUUUUUUUUUGGUUAAUGUUAAUUUUGGGUUUCUGGUAGUUAGUUAAUCAGUGGAUAACCGGAGGCACGGUUGAGAAAAAUCCCUUCCAGUUUUGCUGUAUAAAGAAUUUAGGGAGGGAAGGAAUUUAUUUUUUAUUUUUAUUUUUUUCUUAAUUUCGGAGGAAAAAAUAUAAACCCUAAUUUUAUUUUUUGAUUAAUGGCUGCUAUGACAUCUGAUGCUCUUCACUCCCCGAGAGGAGGCUCAUCGGCCUUGGAUGCUUCUGUUACCGCUGCCGGUGCGGCUACUGUCCAUAGUGCUCAAUAUCGUCGGCGAGGCAGCGGCAGCGGCGGCGGCGGCGGCGUGUCAUCGCCGUGGACCCAAAUCGUUCGAGGUCCUGAUUUGGAAGUGACAUUAUCUUCUUCAUCUUCACCGACCCCCGCCGUUGCCCCCAACUCUACCUCUGUUGCCGCCGUUUCUGCCGCUCCUCCCCCUCUUCUUUCUCCUCCUUUGUCCGGUGGCGCAGAGGAGCAAAUCAUCAACAAUUUCCAUUCUGAUCGAUCUCCUUCCAAGGCUGCUGCCGCCGGAGGAGCAUCGACUUCCUUUUCACCCGAAGAUGCUGCCGGUGAUGCUCAGCCAGAGGUCUCCGAGAAGUCUGACAAUGGAAGCGGCGGAGGCAGCAAUGCAGCAAAGAAACCAGCUUGGAAUAGGCCCUCUAAUGGUGGUACUGAGAUUAGUUCAGUCAUGUGGGCUGAAUCUUGGCCUGCUCUGUCCGCCACUCGGCCUUCUCCAAAAACAUCUUCUGACUUACCGAGGACUCACUCCGAUGUUUCACUUCCCGUCUCACAGGGGACUGGACCGACAUCGCCUUCUGCAAAUAAACAAGGCCCGACAACUACUGUGAAUUCUAAUUCUUCACAUAAUCAUGCUCCGAGCCGCCAGAGGUCCAUGAAGCGUACUGGUGGAAACUCAAGCAACAAUUCAUCCUCGAAUGGAGGCAUAUCACAGCUGCCAUCCCCAAGGUACUCAGGAGCAGAAACAACCCAUGGCAAUUCUGGAAAACAUGCUAACUCUACUGCAGAUUCUUCGUCGAAGGAGAAUACUCAUCGGGAAGGUGGUCAAAAAUCUCAGUCACAUAGCGGAAAUGAGCACCAACAACAAAGAAAUUCGUACAGAAGAGGCUCACACCCUCGCAGUGAUGGGCCUAACCAUCAUGGUUAUGGAAACAGGCGAGGUGAUCAAGACAGGGGAAACCAAGAUUGGAAUUCUAAUAGAAGUUUUGGCGGUAGAGAUCCCCAGGUGCAGCAGCAGAGAGUUGCUCCCAGGCCCUUUAUCAGGGGCCCACCUCCUAACCAGCCUCAACCUUUCUUUCCUCCCGCACCGUUACCUGUGCGCCCUGUUGGCAAUCCUAUUUAUUUUCAAGAGAUGCCUUUUUAUUAUGUUCCAGGGCCUUAUCCAGAUUCUUUUAGAGCUGUUUCUAUGGUUCCUCAGAUGCCACAAAUGUUACUCCCUUCUCCGGAUCCCCAGCUUCAUGCUAAGAUACUGAAUCAGAUCGAUUACUAUUUCAGUAAUGAGAAUCUAAUUAAAGACACAUUCUUACGGAACAAUAUGGAUGACCAGGGAUGGGUUCCUAUCAAAUUAAUAGCAAGCUUCAAAAAAGUUUCACAACUGACAGAGAAUGUUCAACUCAUACUGGAUACAGUCAGAAGUUCAAGUGUUGUCGAAGUGGAGGGUGAGAAAGUUCGGAGGCGAAAUGACUGGUCUCGAUGGAUAAUACCAAAUUCUGCCCAACAUCCUCCGGUAUCUAGUCCCCAAUCACUUCAAAGUUCAAGUCAGGAUAUGCUUGCUGCUACUCUUCAAAGUAUUGGGUUAGAGGACAAGACAGCCAAGCAUGGUUAUGCUGAGACAUACCUUAGCUCAUCUUCUUCUGGGGAGUGGAGUAGCCUCUCCCAGCAAUCUACUGGUGAGAAGACAGGCCAAGUUGGAGUUCUAGCUGGUCUUCAGUCUUCGGCCCCCAAUUCAAGUAAAUGAAUGAAGUUACUCGUGAAGUUAGCAGGACAUGGGCGGAGGAGGAGCUUCAGGCACUUGUGAAUGUUGAUGGUGGUUCCUUGGAAGCCUGUCUUGCUGUCAUGCGAUAAGAAACCGAUAUUAUCGUCAGGCAUAUAGAGAAGACGAAAAGAGGGAAAUGAAACAAAAAAAAGGAUACAAUUUAUUAAAAUAAAAAGGAAAAAGUCAAACAAAGGGUAAGACAUUAUGAAUGACUUAUAUAAGUUAGUACUUGGAUUUUCUUCUUAUUUUCUUAUUUUCUUUUUUUUCCUUUUUGGGACAAAUGAUUUGUUCUUGUGUUGGGGAUAUUAUACUGGCAUUUUACCUUUUGUUUUGUCCUUCGUUUAUUUGUUAUAUUUGUGCUGGAAUUUUGGUUCAACCUCCCCAAUGCAAGCCCUGGGGUAUUUUUUUGUUUUCUUGGCCUUGCUUGGGGCUUCAUGACUCCUACGUGGGGAAUGGAGAUGAGAUUGCAGUGGGUUUCUCUGUUGGACUCGAGAGCUGAUGACAUUAUUUGUUGCACAAAUUGCCCUCUGCCGGGCGAAAAUAUGAGGCUGGCUAUAUGAAAUAGUUGUUUUUUGUCUUUAUUUCUUUUCUUCCUCCCUCUGCUUAUAAUUGCAAUUAAAGUUGUGUGUAUGGGUGAUGAGGUGAUUCUGCCCCAAUAUUAUAUCAUUUCCAAAUGAAGAAAGCCACUGAAAGUGUAUUAAGUUAUACUCCAUGUCGCUAAAUAUAAUACUCCCU